CACGUGGGUCCCCGCGGUUCCGGCGCGCUAGAGGACCCCGGUGGUGAACGCGGCUCCAGCACCAUGUCUGGUUUGUCUGGCCCCCUAACCUGCCCUGGCCCUCGCUCGUGGGCCUUGCUCUUUCUGUUCCUGCUUGGCCCCAGCUCGGUCCUCGCCAUCUCCUUCCACCUGCCCGUUAACUCCCGCAAGUGUCUCCGCGAGGAGAUCCACAAGGACUUGCUAGUGACGGGCGCCUACGAGAUCACCGACCAGUCUGGGGGCGCGGGCGGCUUGCGCACCCACCUCAAGAUCACCGAUUCUGCUGGCCAUAUUCUAUACUCCAAGGAGGAUGCAUCCAAGGGGAAGUUCGCCUUUACCACUGAAGAUUAUGACAUGUUUGAAGUGUGUUUUGAGAGCAAGGGAACAGGGCGGAUACCUGACCAGCUCGUGAUUCUAGACAUGAAACAUGGAGUGGAGGCGAAAAAUUAUGAAGAGAUUGCAAAAGUAGAAAAACUCAAACCCUUGGAGGUAGAGUUACGACGCCUAGAAGACCUUUCUGAAUCAAUCGUUAAUGAUUUUGCCUACAUGAAGAAACGGGAAGAGGAGAUGAGAGAUACCAAUGAGUCAACAAAUACCCGGGUCCUGUACUUCAGCAUCUUUUCAAUGUUCUGCCUCAUUGGACUAGCUACCUGGCAGGUGUUCUACCUACGUCGCUUCUUCAAAGCCAAGAAGUUGAUUGAGUAAUGAAGCUGUCUUCUGCCCCAGUGUAACUUAGCCAGUAGAACACCACUGGGACACCUGGCUUCACCCAAGACCAUCCUACCAACAGUACCAUCAAGGCACAGUGGGGAUUUCUUGCCAGAACUGAUUUCUUUUGGUGUGGGAGAACAUGGGGCACAAACUUCACAAGUCAACGAGGACUUACUUCUUUUUAAGUUGGUAGGCUUUGGACUGGUUUUGCAACAAGAUUAUUACUAAAGUCACCUAUGGGGGCAAAAAAAAUAGGGGUUACCUAGAUAAUGCCAAAGCUAGCAUUUGUCCUGGGUUUCCUCGUGUGAGCUGUUUGAGCUGUUUGCUUAUUUCUCCCAUUUGCUCAUCACCUUUGUCUUUCGCUCUAGUUCUUUUACCAAGAUUUAUGCGACCAUGUUGAACUUGUUUCAGACCUGUUUCUUCUUUGGGUUUCCUUGUGAAAAUACCCUGAACUUUCUUGGCCCUUAGCUGAAAUGUUUACAUAGCUUCUGGUGAUAUCCUUUCAGAAUUUUAUGUCUCUUCAAAGGGUCAUGGAUGGGACACCUCAUACAAAAACAGUGAGCUUUGAACUGUAGAUAAACUCUUAAAGAAAAAAAAUCUUUUUAGACAAUUAAAAUAUUUGUGUUCUCAACUGCUUAGAACUCUUUGUGUAUGUGUGUUUCAUGUGUAGAUUCAUGUGAUCAUUGCAAGAUACAGUAUAGUUCCAUCACGUGGAUUCUUUAUACUGACUUUUUUUUUUUAAUAGCCACAACCUCAGCCUCUGAUUACUACUGGUCUGUUCACCAUUUCUAGAUCUUUAUUAUUUCAAAAAUGUUAUAUAAAGUGGAAUCUUUUGAGAUUGGCUUUUUCUGUUCAGCACAGUUCCCCUGAAAUCCCCAUCCAAGUUGUUGCAUGCAUUAAUAGUUUGAUCUUUUUUAUUGCUAAUACUACUCCAUGGUUAUGUAUGGUACUGCCUUGUGUUUAGUCAUUCACCCGCAAAGGACACAUGAGUUGGUUUGGGAUUUUGGUCCUUAACUAGUAAAGUGUCUCUGAACAUUCUUAAUAUAGGUUCUUAUGUGAACGUAAAUUUUCAUUACUCUGGGAUAAAUGCCCAAGAGGACAAUUGUGUUGUGUGAUAAGCACAUUUAGUUUUUAAAGACACUUCCCUACUCUUUUUGUCUGGAGUGGUUAUACCAUGUUACCUUUCUGCCAGCAGUGUGUCCUGAUCCAGCUUUUCCGUAUCUUCAUUAACGGUUCGCUUACGCUGUUUAACUUAGCCAAUUGAAUAGUGCCUGUAACGUCUCAUUAUGAUUUGAUUUGCAUUUUCCUAGUGGUAGAAUGGUGUUGACCAUCUUUGCAUGUGUUUGUCAUUUGCCACUUGUAUGUCUUCUUCAGUAAAAUGUCUAUUAAUGUCUUUUAUCCAUUUUCUACUUGGAUCAUUUGUUCUCGUCACUUUUCUUUGGGGGGGGGUUCCUUAAAUAUCCUAGAUGGAGGUCCUCUAUCAGAUGUGAGGUAGCUUCUAAGAAGGAAGAAAAGUAAAAUUUACCAACACUUCAUGCAUGGCCACUCACUGACCUAAUUCCUGCCCCUAUGUGUUAUCUCUAGAAUAUUGAACAUAGGAGAUUUAAAAUAAACAUAAGAAAGUCACAGAUUGAGUAAAUACUUGAAAAUCCAUGUUAUGAAAGCAAAGCCAAGGAUCAUUUGUGGCCAAUACUAAUGUACAAAAGAGAAAAUGUGCCAGGCAUGGUGGCGCACUCCUUUAAUCCCAGCACUCAGGAGGCAGAGGCAGGCAGAUCUUUGUGAGUUCCAGGACAGCUGGGGCUACAAGGAGAC